AUGCUGCAGAGCCCGGCUCGCCCCCGGCCCGGGCCGCCGCCCCACAAGACCCCGUUCCACAUCGAAGCGCUGCUCGCCCGGGAGCCGCCGCGCCGCGGCCCCGCCGCCCGUCUGGAGCUGUCUCACUGCAUCGGGACCAACUCACUGGGUCCCACUGGGCCUUGGAGGUCGGGGGGACCCUGCAAGAUGAAGAGAGUCCGCACAGUCUUCAAACCAGAGCAGCUGGAGCGGCUGGAGCAGGAGUUCCUCAAGCAGCAGUACAUGGUGGGCACCGAGAGGGUGGACCUGGCUGCAACUCUGCACCUCACAGAGACCCAGGUGAAAGUGUGGUUCCAGAACCGGAGGAUCAAGUGGAGGAAGCAGAGCAUGGAGCAGAAGGCAGCAAAGCUGUCGCAGUUUGGGGUGAUCCAGCCCGCAAGCGCCGACUCCACGGACAGCAAGGAGCACGAGGAGGACCCUGUGGACGUGGAGCUCUGA